ACAUUAAUAAAUGCCUGCAGCCUGUUUGCCAGUCAGUUUCUACCCCUUUGUUAAACAAACAGCUUUAUUAGAUGUUGGCCUACGAGUUACGUCGUCCGCGUUUGUGACUGGCCCCACAUAGACUGUCGUCCGCUGUUUACGUGGAGCCACGUUCGGCGAACGCCAGCCAGUGACCGAGUGAGUUCGGAAGCAAUCUGUUGAUUUGUCGUGAGUUGCCGAACGAAAGCAUGUGAAGUUUAAAUCUGAGUGAAAACAACACUUGACUGUGUGGAUUUAUUAUCUCAGCAUGUGGAUACCCAUGUUGUUUUCUUGUAGAAGACUUCACAGAGAAUAUGGAAACGUUGAACGAUUUACUGCCGGGUAUUGAGGAGUUCCUGGUCACCACGCUAGCCAGUGAAAGUCUGUCUCUAGCUGCCGAGGAGAAGCGCCAGUAUUUCGUAGAGCGACUCGAUAUUCUCAAACUUCCGCCAUCGAUACCACCACGGCCAGGUCGCCGUUCAGCUCAUGGUAGUCAGAAUGAACUAGACGAUGUUGACGAGGCGACCGACUGCGUCCCUGACGACUUCGCCGCGUACCAGAGAGAGCUCGCUCGAACCUUCGCCCAGGUCCCUCCACCAGCCAAGAAAGAAACAAAAUCAGAGCAUGUGAAGAUCUAUGAUGACAUAGACUCAUCAGAGAGCAGCCAUGAAGAAGACAAAGAACAUGACCUGUACGAGAUUCCCGUCGUGCGUCAAUCGGACGAGAGUUGUCCCCCUUGCAGUCAGCCCAACGACAGUGCGAGUCUUGCCACUGCGGCCAGCAUCGAUGACAUCACAGAAGAGGUUGCCGACACCUGCCCUCCCCCUCCACUCCCCCCUCGUCGUGACAGAACCGUGUCAGAGACGACCAAUCGCAGCACAGAGAGCAUUGCGUCGUCAGGGAAACCGCCUGAUCUACCCGCACGGCCACUGCUACACGCUCGCAACAGUGACAACAGCAGUGUCACGGAGAAACUCACCAAAUCUCAGAAAUCCCAGAACGGAGUCGUAGAUGGAGACAGCACGAGCUAUGAGUCCUAUGAUGAAGAAGAGAAAGCUAACGAUGUGGCCUUACUAAACAAGCUCAACAUUAAACUACCUAAACGUGCCAAGAAGGAGUCUAACAGAUUAAAAAAGAAACUCAGCAGUUCUCGGUCGUCCAAUCAGUGGGAGCUGAAUGUCCCGUACAAGAGUCUGUCAGAUGUCGUGCUGUCGGGGGACCUCUACUACCGCGGCAAACUCUCAUGGAACCGGCGGCAAGUCGCCCUCGUCAACGGCAACCUGGUGUGCUACAAACCAGACAAGGAGACACGGCCCAACCUUGUGAUCCACCUGCCCGGUUACGAAGCCACGUGCACCGAGAGAGACAGCAAGAAAGGUUUCGAGAUCAAACUCUCCCACCCCAAUUGUGAUGCCCAUUACUUCUCCGUCGACUUCAAGGAGUGGGCUCAAACUUGGUGUGAUAAUAUCAACAAAAUGUCUCGUGGAUUAUCUGUCCCUGGCAGCCAUCAACAUCUGGCAAGGUCAUUUAUCGGCAACAAUGAUCAAACCUAUCCCAGUUUCGGGGGAAGCAAGCCGGAGCUGAAUUCGUCCAAUUCCAAUAUUUCUAAUGCCAGCAGCGAUGGUCUAAAUGAAGACGCUAAGAGACCCAAGUUAAGAGCAGGAAACAAGGUGAUGAGGAUGGGAUCGUUCGCGUACCGAGCGACGCAGUUUUUCGAGAAUCUGGGCAAGAAGCCGUCAGGCAAGCGCAAGUCUGAGGGAAUCUACAAGGACCUGGACCUGAAAGCCGGUAUAGAGGAGGAGUGCUCCCAGUCCUCCUCCAGCUCUGGCCUUCCCCUUCUGACUCCCUCCUCCGACUCCCUCGAGCCGGUGUUUGCCGACCUCGCACCACCCGUUUCUUCUCUCAGUGGCGUGAAGCAUGCAGGUUACUUGGAGGUGUUCAGCAGUUUCAACAAGCGGCGCUGGGGUAAGCGGUACUGUUUGGUGCGGGACAACACAUUCGAGUGCUACAAGACGGAACAGAGCAAGGCCUGUGAACUCAGCUUCCUGUUGAAGCCGUGCGUCAUGCGACAGGCGAUCGCCGAGACUCAGAGCAAUUUCUCCCUCAUGCUGCUAGAGAGCGGCAAAGAGAAGAUAACUGUGGAGGUUGGCAGUAAGAAUGAGAUGGCCGUGUGGGUGACGGUGUUGAUGAGAGAGAUGGCCAAUGACAGCGUACCGGAAGGCCUGGAGGAAUACUUGAUAGAGGACGAUCGAUCCGACGAGAUUCUCCACGACAAAACGGACUUCUCCGACAUGCUCGGCUAUUCCGUCAUACAGAGCUGGGAUCUGGCGAAUGAACAUUACGAAGACAAAAAGCCCAGUGAGGUUGUGAUUGGUGAAGGUGCCCAAGACGAGACAGUAAUCGGAGAUUUGUAUACACAAGUUGUGAAGAGCUCAUCGUCGGGAAGCUCACUCCUGACGCCGCUGCCAGGGAUUGAGGAGAAUGCCGAGGUGUUUGACGAACAGAAACUGACUUCCGACAGCGGCUUUGUCAGUGUGCACGGUUUCAACUCUGACAGCGAGAGUGACAGUGGCUGUGCCGUCAAAAGCGAGGACGAAUCUCGGACAUACGAAGGCAAACUCUUAUUCAGCACUCGCCAGGAACGAGAUUCAACAUCAAGGGAAGUAACUCCAUUUGAUAGUGAUUCAAGGGAAAGAACUUUAGUCGAAGCUGAAGAGACUUUCUCUGAUUGUGUUACAGACUUUGAAAAUCUUUCUCCUGGGAUGAACAAAAUGCAAUCGGAUAAUAUUGUCGCAAAUGAAAAGACCGAAUCGGUAUUAGUGGAUAAAAACUGUAACAUAGAGAAACAGUUGGAGAUUGAAGUUGAUGAUGUAAAAGGUGAUGACUCUGAUAAAGUAUGUGUAGAUGUUACCUCAUGUGAGAGUGUGGCAGAUACUAAUGGACCAAAGAAUUCCUUGCCAGACUUGGACCACAAAGUGGGGAUCAAAGAUCUUUGUCAGUGCAACGUUUCUUCUAACAAUGAAGCUACAAACCAGGAUUUGCUAUCUGUGAAGGACUCCAUCCAGAAUCUGAUCAAACAUUCCAGUGAACUGACGGAAACGGAAAAGUCAAGUUCAACUUCCAUUAGUAUUUCGGAGAAACUAGAACACAAUGCUAGCAUCGUGAACUCAUCAGAAGAUGAUACUGAAGAGUGCAAAGUGCCGACGCCUUCAGAUGAACCAAACUCUCUUUCAAAACCAAAAGCAGACGCCAUGUCUCAAAGCAGUUGUGAAAAUAUGGCUCCGUGUGAACGUAACGAACCUUGUGGUGUUGAAAAAGACGGCAGUGGAAGUGAAGCCAGCUCUCCGGUUGAUUCAAAACAUAAUCCAAACAGUACUGACGCUACGGAAAUUCAGGUCCGAAUAAAACGACUACGAGAAAAACUUAUACAGAUAAAACGCAAAAGAAUUGCCGUUAAUGACAAGAGAAAGCGUGUUGAGACGGAUGAUGAGAAAUUUGUUUGUGAUGAAGAGUAUUCAUUACUGGAAGACCAGUGCAAACGUAUAGACUUGGAACUCUCACAGCUUACCGAUGCUCUGUCCAAUGAGUUGAAUUCUGGCAUUCUGUCUAAUGAGUCAAAUUCUGGCACUCUGUCCAAUGAGUCGAAUUCAGGCACUCUGUCUAAUGAGUUGAAUUCUGGCAUUCUGUCCAAUGAGUCGAAUUCAGAAGUUCUGUCCAAUGAGUCUCAUUUGGACGUAGUACACGAACAGUACACCGACUCAUCUCAGCACUGUGUUCAGACUGAUAAUAAAUCUUCCUAGUGCUGUUAAAUAGCAUUAAAAAUUAUCCCAACAGCUCUAUUACUUUUAUACUCACAGGGAUCAUUUUGUUCAGUAUCUGGUCAUGAUUUGUUUUAUUUCAGAGAAUGCUACACAAUUCUAGGCCUGUAGGAACUGGGGGUGGAGGAGUUGGGUGGGAGAGCACAGACCUUCAAAAUGUCAAAAUGUAUGGGUUUUGUUGUUCCUACUCUAUAUAACAGUAAAUAAAGAUGAAAAAUUCACUUGUGAAAUUGAGUCCCCAGCCUUCCCCACCCCACCCCACCCCACCCCACCCCACUUCAGAUAUCAUUCCUAUGGGCCUGAAUGAUCAAAUGUUAUAUAUUAGUUGUUAAAUGGAUUAACAGCAAAUGUCUGUAAUCAAAAUUUUGAAAACAAAAUGCUUACUGACUAAUAACUUAUCUUUGUUUUGAUUGGAUACCGGUAAAACAAUUGAUGAACCUGAUUGGGUGGUCAUUCCAGUAUUGAUUUUAUAAUAAUACCUAUCCUGAUGGCUGACUGGAUACCAGCUUUGUUUUAAUUUCAUAUCGAGAAUGUUGAUUGGUUAGCUACCAGUGUAAGGAUUUAUAUAAUUGAUUUGACAAAAAGUCUAUUGUCGAAAAAAUAAAUGUAAAAAAGAUACACUGAACUCAACAUAUGGACAAUUGGCUAAAGCACCAAAUGUCCUGGAAAAUCAAUUAAUUGGUCUUCAAAUUGAUUUAGGUACCUCUGAAUAAACUUACUUUAUCCAAGUAUAAAUAUUGAAUACAUAAACAUUAAAUGGUAUUAAUUAAUUACUACACAGAACACAGUGGAUUGAAUUUAUAAAAGCCUGUAUAUGUCUUAUACAUACUUAUAUAACUACAUACAUUUACAAUGCUUAAACACCUGCAUUUGAGAAAAACAGACUUUCCUAAAACUGGCCCAGUUGAUUUGUUUCUAAGGCAUGAUACAUGUACCAGUUAAAAUUCCACCAGCAGUGUUCAUAUAAAAACCAUUAAGUUUACAACAUUAAAAGUUGUAGAAACAAAAUUUUAUAUAUUUGUGUUUUUCAAAUGUAAACAAAAUGUUCAGCAUAAUGUUGCCUACAUCAGUGAUUUCAUGCCAAAAUGGUCAUAUGAUGGUGUGCAUGACCUGAUGUGAUAUGACAUGACAAGAAAUUGAAUUUGCUACUGUAAAGGAAAGUUGUUAUAUGCCACCACACCAACUUUCAGUUAGGAGAUCAGCAGAUAUCAUAAGAAAAUCAGAAUUUAGGUUUGAAUUCAGUAAUAGGACCACAGACAGGGUAGUACAUACCACAGCCUUUGAUAUACCAGUCGUGGUGCACUGGCUGGAAUGAGAAAUAGCCCAGUGGGCCAACCGACGGGGUGAUAGGACAAGGACAAGAUUGUUUAACAUGCACAUUCAGAGCAAGCUGUUGUAGCACACGCCUCUCAUGGGUGCAAGUGCCAGCCUCGGUCGGCUCCUCUGUCCAGGUUAGGAAAGAUUCAGUAAUACUAGGCAGACAGUUUUAUACUCCCUUCUCUUCUAUAUAACCAUUUAAAAGAUUAAUCUAAAAUUAUGAAACAUUGUCAAUCCCUACUGUUUUUCUUUUAGUAAUAUCGGGGAACAUUUUAUCCAGGGCCCCAUUCCACAAAGCGAUCUUAGCCCUAAGAGGGCCCAGAAUGGUUUUUAAGAUUGCUACACAUUUCUUUAACAUUUAUUACUAGUUGCAAAUCAAUUUUCAAACUGAUAUCAAAUGUUGCUAAUCAAAAUUUUGAACACAAAAUGUUCCAUAAAUAUAUUACAUGAAAUAAUACGGAAAACAAUAGCUUUCUUUGUUGAUGAAUAAAAAUGAGACAUUGUUUUGAAAAUGCCCAUGACAUUUUGUAACAUCCGAUAUGAUACCUGUUCAUUCCUUAGAACCUGACGCUACAUAAUUGUCGAAUAGCUCGCAGAGUUCUCAACUUUGGCUUAAGCGAAACAAAAUAAAUGUCUGGUCUCUGGUCACAUUGAUUUUGACCCUCACACGUUAACAUUCCCCCCACUACAGUAUGACAUUGAUUUUUGCCAGACUUUUCUUGCUAUGACGUAAAACUGCAUUUGGAGCCAAAAUGUUAUUGUGCAUGAACUAGGAUAUGCAAUCUGAUUCAUUUUCAAUAUGCCCCUUAUUUUGGUAUCAAAUAUACCCACCUUUUCUCUGCAAUCCAUGCUUUAACGAAAAAAACCCAAAACAACCAAAGCCGCAUUGCUGCAUCAAAUCUGGAACUUUGAUCUGACCAGAGACCAAUUAUUUAGUUUUUUUCUUACUCUGCUAACAGUUAAACAUUUACAUGUACUAGAAUAUGAAGGAAUCUACUCCUAAUACCAGUCAGGUACCAUGCUUCUGGUGUUUUUUAAUUUAAGAUGGUGGCAUCACUUAAUACCUGACUUGUCAGCUGAGGAACACAUUUUGCAUUUGGUUUUUACUAAUAAAGGUCUUCUGAAUUGUUAUUUUUUUGGUAUGCAUAAAAUUACUGGUACAUCUUGUAUUUCAUUAAAACGGAGCAGUUAUACACAGUUUCUGGUACCAAAUUGAAAAAGCCCUCCUGAAAAAUUUAAAAUUUUAAAUCUGCAUCUGGUUUAUGUAUCUUUAAGAAUACAAUUGCAUAGAUUAUUGCCAUGCUAGAAAAGCAUUACCAUGGUUACAACAGUCGGAGAAUGCACACUUGCACACACGCACACACACACACGCAUAUAUGAAUGCAUGCAUGCAAGCGCGCACUCAAGCAGACACGCACACAACUAUUUUUGUAAACAUCGCCAUUACAAAAUGCUCUUGCUAUGAUCUAUUUUGAUGCCAUUUUUAGUUAUGUAUGUACAGAAACAAGAUAAUCCGUGGCCCUGACACAUUAAAAAAUUUAUUCAUGUCAUUGAUUUGUUAUAGAAUAGAUUUCAAAGAAAUGAAAUAAAUUAUUCAUAUUUCUUGAUGUUUUUAGACAUCCUUUUUGAUUAUUGCAAGGCAUCAAUAUAUUUAUACAGAUCAUGUUUUUGUUUUUUUCAAAUAUACCAUAUAUGUUUAACAUAUAUGAGUUUAUUUGAUUGUGGACCAGUUAAAAUACUUGACAUUGUACAAAACAGAUUGCAGUUUGGUAUUUGUUUGCUAGCUUAAAAAAGAAUCUGAAGAGAUCAAAAGUUUGUUGUGAUGUCGGCUAUAGCCAACGUUGUAUUGCUACCUAGACUAUUAACACACACUUAUACAAGAUUAUACAACAGGUCCAAUUUUUAAAACAUACCUCACCAGAGUUAAUUGCUUCAUCUUGCCAUCAUUAAAUUUCAUGAGAAGAGAAAUGUGUGCUGACCACAUUGGUUAAAUGUAGUGAUCUUUACAGUAGUUAAGCAAAGCUAUCUAUAUUCUAUUCUAUUCAUGUUCUGUAUAAAUAAGCUUUUCUCAUUUUCUUUUUAUUGCACUGCCCCAUUUACUUUCUCUCCAUGGAAUUCCAUCUCAUUUCAUCCCGAUCUGGCAACUCCUAUCUUUCAACUUUGUUUACUGUCCACCUCCACUUCCCAGUCCUUGUCUCUCCAACCAUGACAGGUGCUUUUUCUUGUGGUUAUCCAUGCCACACACCUGCCAUUUCCCAUCAGCUUUAGCUGUAGGCCAAGUCUGACCACUUCAGAGAGUGUUCAGUGGUUACUUCUGGCAUUGUAAAAAGACACUUGUAACCACCACAUGUCCUAUAUACUCCCCUAUUACCGGUAGUGGUUAGUUAGUGCCAUGGGUCAGACCACUUGUAACCAUCUACUACUUUCCCCUACUACCGGAGGUCGUUAGUACCAUGGGUCAGACCACUUGUUACCACCUACUAUACUUCCCUACUACCGGUGGUCGUUAGUUAGUGCCAUGGGUCAGACCUCUUGUAACCACCUACUAUACUCCCCUACUACCGGCGGUCGUUAGUUAGUGCCAUGGGUCAGACCAGCUUUAUUAGCGGCAGAGGACAAGGUGUAUAAAUAAACUUGCUGAAGUGCUGUAAAGAUCUCACUGUGGUUUUGUUUGUUAAAACAUGGACUUUUUGUUUGUUCAUUAUCAAAAAGCAGGACCAAACACUUUGAAGUGGAAUUACUAUAGCUUAGAGUUUGCCAAGACCUGUAAGAACUGCAGAACUAAUUUUUCUUAAUUUAGCUGAUCCUGAAUAUAGGUUAUGCAUUUUGUGGUUUAUAUAAUAUAUGGUUGUAUCGUAUUGCAGUGAGUGGGAUGUGUUGCGUAUACCUAGGGCACUGCAAGUGUCUGUGUUAUAAAUACUGGUAUAAAUGAAUGUUUAUUGUCGCAUUAUAUACGUACAUAUACAUGUAUGUGAAAUGAGUGAUUAUACAAAAAAUCAAAAGUGUUUAAUAAAAUUAAUUCUUUUU